AUGGCGUCUACAUCCACGUUUCGGGAGGUUUGGGCGACGAAUCUCGAGCAAGAGUUCGCAGAGAUACGGAGGCUUAUUGACAGCUAUCCCUAUGUAGCCAUGGACACAGAGUUUCCGGGUGUCGUUGCGCGCCCGAUAGGGAACUUCCAAGCGUCCUCAGAUUACCUGUAUCAGACUAUGCGCUGCAACGUGGACCUGUUAAAGAUGAUUCAAAUCGGAUUUACACUGUCAGACACCGAAGGGAACCAUCCACCAGACGUCAGCACCUGGCAAUUCAACUUCCACUUCAGCCUGAACGAGGAUAUGUACGCUCCAGACUCUUACGAGCUUCUUCGGAAUGCUGGACUGGACUUCACACGGCAUGAGGAGUUUGGGAUAUAUCCGAACGACUUUGCUGAAUUAAUUAUCACAUCCGGGCUUGUGCUUAAUGACGAAGUAAAGUGGAUAACCUAUCACAGCGGGUAUGACUUCGGAUAUUUGCUCAAGAUUUUGACUGGGGCACCAUUACCGUUAAACGAGAGCGAUUUCCAUUCAAUAUUAUCAAUAUGGUUUCCCGCCAUCUUUGAUGUGAAGUAUAUCCACAAGCAAUUGGACAAAUCAUUCAAAGGCGGGUUGAAGGACGUCGCGGACCAGCUUCAGGUGUCACGCGUUGGGGAGCAGCAUCAGGCAGGGUCUGACAGUUUAUUAACCUCAGCCACCUUCUUCAAGAUGAGACAAACGCUUUUCCAGCCGGGUGGAUUUGAUGAAAAAACUUACAGGUGA